GUUGUUGUUUUUUUCGCUUUUUUCAUUUCAGUUACAAGCCACCAACAAAUUUCAAUUUCGUUCAGUUACCACUCGGUACGGGUACUGAACUGUUGUAUGGCCGCCAACCAAUAUUAGUCAACCAAAAUCGAAAUCGAACGAAUAAUAUUUGCUAUAAUUUGUUGAAACUGAACUCCAAUAAAUAAAGGAAUAAAAUAUCAAAAAUUAAAUAAAUAUUGACAACAUUUUAAUAUAUCCUGUGUACGAUAAGUGUUUCACAACGAGCCAGUGAUAGUGUUUAAAAAGAUAGUCACGCAAACGUUGAAGUGAAACACUUUUUGGAAUAGAAACAAGCAAAAGGCAAUUGUCACCCAAGGAACAGACGCAAAAUGCAGGCGAAAUUUUUAAUUUUACUUUUUAUAUUGACUGUAUUGGGGCGAGUGGCUUGGGCCCAGUAUGGCCGCGGUGAGGCUCAUGUAAAUCCCGAAGAUACCGGCUAUACCCCUGCCAAUGCGCGAGAUCCCAGCAAGACACUCAAACCGGCCAUAUUGAGAACGGAACUUAGAUUUGGUCGAAAUUUGGAUCCUGAAAAGGUACGAGUGGUCACUGUCAAGUCGGACAAGGGUGAUGAUGUGGAAUUGUUGGUGGGUAAAAAUAGUAGACGGGCUCGUGUGGGACAAACACAAAGUUUCUUUGUACGCUCCUCGGAUGUACGCAAGCCCGAGCAGCUGAGAUCAGCCAAGAAGUCGAGUAAUCCCGAGGACCUGUUGUUGGCCCAUUCACCGGCUUUACUAAAGCAGCAGGAAUUAUCCAAUGAAGCCAAAGCCUACCAGCAGCGUAAAGAAGAUGCGGAAGCUCGCUUAAAACAAUUGGAGCAGUUAAAGCUUAUCAAGGCCCAAAGUUGGAGGCAACAGGAAGAUAUGGUAAAUCCAUGGUCCUCUAGACCCAGGGCAGCAAGACGUAUACGUUUUGAGGAUGAUACCCCAAAUCACACUUUUCAGAAUAUGGAAAAUAGAUAUUUUCCGCAGCAACAACAACAACAGCAACAAUUUUAUCAGGCUAGGUCCAACACUCGUCCCUAUAGCUAUGGAACCCUUGAGAGACCUCAUAAUUUCUCUUUUCCAUCGGAAAAGUCCGUCAUUACCUAUCAAACUUAUCGCCAGGAACAACAACAACCCCAAUGGCAACCCAUGGAAGUUCGCAAUGGCAAUUAUAGGCAAGCAACCGUUUCCUAUACCCCCGAGAGGUCCUACAGCCAACAAUCGUCGCCUCGAGACAAUUUUGAGCGUAAUUCCCGUCAUGUGCCUUCAGCUGGUGGCAAUGAAAAUAAUUUCCACGAAGAAAACCGUCAACAUAAAGUACCUGUAAAUCUGAUUACGAAAAAGAAUUAUGCUCCCGCCAAGAGAACCCAUAUCCGGGUGCCAGCACCCAUUGUUGUUACCUCUUCCACAGCGGUACAGCAAAGUUCGGCGCCUUUACAACAGCCAAUGAAACAACAGGAACAAUCUCGCCCCCAGCCACCACAGCAACCACAAAUUCAAUACGAUUUUGUGCCCCAGCCAGCGAGACAGCAACAACAACAACCACAACAACAAAAACUACAAAAAAGAGAGCAAUAUAGUUCCGUACCCCAGGGCCAUGCCACCUCGUCAGCCUCUCUGACAUUCAUAGAAUCCGAUGAGCCCCCCACCAAGUCCUUUACCCGCUCACCCCAAACAUCGGCCACAACUACAGUUGUCGAUGGACCCGCAGUCACCGUUAUCGAAGGUAUACGAGUACCCGAUGCUCCCGAAGAUAAAGUAAAAACCUGGCGCAAUGCUCGAGUGCUCAACAAUCAAUUGGUGCCAUACCCAGAGGGUUAUACGCCGCCCAAGGUACAAAUUCAAACGUUCGACAGAUAGACACAACAAUUUAAUAGGGCCAGCAUGAGAAGUGUCCACACAAAAAAAAAUCUUGUCCUUUAGAAUUUAUUGAAAAUUUUUAACUAACACCAGCACAUUUUACGCACAAACCGUAUGUGUGUAUAUGUGCCUUCGCUGCGGGAACAUGAACUUUUUUUUCAAUAUUUAUUUAUUGCCGUUUUCAUUGUCCCCAUCAAUCCAAUUAGAAUUUAUUUAAGCUAUUGUUAUUUAUUUAUAAAAAGUUAUUUUGCAAUU